AGUAGGUAAAGCGUUCCAGUUGCUGCGUCCAUAGUUAUCUUUGUCGCCUAUUGUUUUCCGACAAAGUGGUAGCUUGUAAAAAUAAGAAAUAGCUACUCGAAUCCGUGAGUUUGCGGUGAAAAUGUAUCAAGAUCGACAAUCCUGGUGACAAAUUGUAAAGUGAAGUGGUUCUAGCUUUUCUGUGAGGGCAAAUAAAUCUUUAAGAUGAGGAAUUCGGCAUUGAGUCUGAGGUUUGCGGUCCUCUGCUGCCUCUGCAUCAUGGUCGGUACAACUGGGUUGGAAGUACAAGAAGAGCUAGAGCAUCACGGACGAUGCGAACCAAUUACCAUAAAUUUAUGCCUGCAUUUGCCUUAUAAUCAAACAAUGAUGCCUAAUUUAUUGAAACAUCAAAAGCAAGAAGAUGCGGGUCAGGAUAUUCAUCAGUAUGCACCACUUGUUAAAGUUCACUGCAGUCCAGAUCUCAGGUUUUUCUUAUGUUUAAUGUACGCACCAGUAUGCACUAUUUUAGAAAAACCACUGCCACCAUGUCGUUCGAUUUGUGAAAGAGCAAGAGCUGGUUGUGAACGAAUUAUGAGGAAUUUUGGCUUUCAAUGGCCACUGAGUUUGGACUGUUCUAAGCUUCCAGAAUAUGGAGAUGACCCUGAAGUUUUAUGUGUUGGGACCAAUGAAACAUCACCUUCAAGAUCAUCAACAACUAUCCAACCACCUUUAAGAAUUCCUAGACCGGAGUUUCAACCUGCUUGGACAGGACAAAUACCCUACGGAGGUACUACUGGCUUCCGAACUCAUGGAUUCGCUUGUCCUGUUCAAUUUCGCGUGCCUGAAUCAUUUGGAUACUCAUUAAAAUUCAAAACAGAAACUGUAAAGGAUUGUGCAGCUCCAUGUAAUGAAAUGUUUUUCUCUGAAACACAAAAACAAUUUGCUAGGGUUUGGAUUGGGACUUGGGCAUCUUUAUGUGCUGCCUCGUGUUUUUUUACAUUUUUGACAUUUUUAAUUGAUACUGAUCGAUUCAGAUAUCCAGAGAGACCAAUAAUAUUUUUAUCAGUCUGUUAUCUUAUGGUAGCUUUAGUUUACAUUGUCGGCUGGGCUGCAAAGAAUAAUAUCUCGUGCAGGGAACCUCUCCCUCCACCAGAGAGUAUGCAAGUGCAAAUGGUUUCAACGAUAACACAAGGAACUAAACAUGAGCUCUGUACUCUUCUCUUUAUGGUUCUUUAUUUUUUUGGAAUGGCAUCAAGUAUUUGGUGGGUUAUACUCACUCUUACAUGGUUCCUGGCAGCUGGAUUAAAGUGGGGCCAUGAAGCAAUCGAAGCUAAUUCUCAAUAUUUUCAUCUUGCUGCGUGGGCAGCACCCGCGAUAAAAACUGUCACUAUUCUAGCGAUGGGCAAAGUCGACGGCGAUAUUUUAUCUGGCGUGUGCUACGUCGGACUAUGGAAUGUUGAUGCUCUUCGAGGAUUUGUUUUGGCUCCUUUGUGCGUUUACCUCGUUCUUGGAACUGCUUUUCUGCUCGCUGGAUUUGUUUCUCUCUUUCGAAUCCGUACGGUUAUGAAACAUGAUGGAACGAAGACUGAUAAAUUGGAGAAACUUAUGAUUAGAAUCGGAAUCUUCUCGGUGUUGUACACAGUACCAGCAUUGAUUGUUAUUGCUUGUCUUUUCUAUGAGCAAGCAUAUUUUGAUGACUGGAUGCUUACAUGGCAUAAAGAUAUGUGCACAAGACCAUCAACAAUGUCAUUAUAUUCGAUCCCUUGUCCUGUUGAACGCAUUAAAGACACUCGUCCAGAGUUCGAGGUAUUUAUGAUUAAAUAUUUAAUGGCAAUGAUCGUUGGAAUCACUAGUAGUUUCUGGGUUUGGUCCAGCAAAACUUUAACGAGUUGGAGACAAUUUUUCAACCACAUACGAGGCCGUCGUGUUGAAGCUUAUGUUUAGACUAAAUUCUCUUACCAUUGAUAUUUAAUUCUAUGUUUAUCGUUUUUUUUAUUAUUAUUGAUAAUAGUUAACUAUUAAUUAAUCUUUGAUUAAUUAACUACAAAAUAUGAAACAAAAACUAAUCAUCAGUUAUGGUUGAUUUAUAAGUUAAUUGACAAAAUUGUUAAUUGCUCGUUCUGUGAUUGGAAAUUGUGUUAACAUGUAGUGUUUCGAUUAUUUUUUAUCAUUUAUAAUCUCAUUUUUUUUACAUUUAAAUAUUACAAAUUAUAAUCUUGAGUAUUCGUGCCAAUUAAUUUAGGAUUAUUAUUAUGAAAAGAAUCUCACGGGCAAAAAACCAUUACAAGCAAUGACAAAUAAAACGUAAAAUAUUUUUUUUAGUAUAGAAUAAUGCUCAAAAAUAUGAAGAUUGAAUGUGUUCUUAAUUGAUCAAUACAAAAUUAAUAAUCAAGCGUCCAUCAAAUUAAAUAAUAACUGCUAUUUACUUAUUAUUAAAAAAUUUUAUUCACAAUUUUUUAAAGCCGAUGCACAUCACUGAAUUUUUAUUUCUGAUCUAGCAACAUUAUUCAAUCUAAUUUAUGCACAAAAUACUCACAAAAGACUUGAAAAUAAAAUCCUGUAAUUUUAUAAUAAGCAUUUAAGACUACUGAGAUACUUUUCUAUGAAUAUUUUAUUCUGUAAAAGUAAUCAGUUUUUUUUUAUUAUUAAUAUUAUAAUUAAUAUUAUAUAGUUAUUAUUAUGAUAUUAUUAUUAUAGCCGAUAGUAAAUUGUGCUAAUUUUAAGUAACGAUUGUAUAUAAGCUUUUUUUUGCUAUGUAUCAUAUUUUUUUAAACAAAUAUGUAAAUAAUUGUGGUCGAAGAAAUUCGAUCCAUUUAAAGAAAAAGUCUGUCUUGGAAACAUGAAGUAAUUCAAAGUAAUAACUAUUACAAAAUAUAUACACGUUAUAUUAUGUAAGAUGUGGAUAAAAAUGCAUUAAGAACAAAAAGAAAUCAUAAAAAUUCGUCCAUCUGGUAACUUAUCGAGCUUUUAUGUGUUGUUUAAGUGAAAUUAACGCUUGCUAAAAUGAUAAAGUUUAUUUAAAGAAAGUAAAAAAAUUUGGGAAUUGAAAAUUGUAUCGUAUAUUAAGAAUGAAAGGUCAUUGGUGUGCAGAUUUAUGUUUUAGCACACGCAAAAUAUCAAAGUUAUUAUACGUAAAGCUGUGUAAAAUUUAUAAGCUUUAUAUAUUCUUUAUAUAUAAUAAAAAAAUUACUGAAAUAUAUGUCAAAUUGAUGGAUAUUUUUAUUUCAUACGCAAGAAUAGUAUAUGGCAUCAAUGAUUAAGAGCUAAGAAUCAAUUAUAAUAUUUAUGAUUGUAUUUAAAAAAUAAAGCUUUUAUUGGAGCAAUG